AUGUGUCCCGACUACAGGAUCUGACUGAUAAACCCGGAACCCGGACUUACCGGAGGAAUGUUUCACGUGAGGUCGUGAAAAGGCCUGGAUUGCACUGCGUGGGGUAACAAACGGUACUAAGUCGGGUCGAUGUGCUGGAAUUCAGAAGUGGGAUGAAAAUCAGCGCGACUAGGGAUGAAGCAGAAUUGUUGGUGCAGUGAAAGGGGAAGGGAGGAAAAUGCGGGUCUUUGUCCGACUAGGGUGCAAGGAAGUGAAUAACUUAUACAAUUCGGUGUUUUAGGAUUCCGCAGUGAACCCUCGAAAUAGUUGGGCUUGGUGUAGUUGAGUUGGUCGGUUUCGUAGAUAGCAGAACUCCGUCAAUAUAAUCAAAGCUGCACAUAAGGUGUUGCAAUGUUCCACGUUCGGGAUGCAUCCCAGGAUCUCCGAGUGGUUGGCGUCCACCAUGGUGGGUUUAGGUACAGCUAGUAGAAGGCGGAACGAGCUGGGCUGGGAGACAGCAGCACGAUGCCUUGGUUGCCGCUGCUUCAUCCAGCGGCGUCGCUCUCCGUGAAGCAUGAAGAAGCAGAAUGUCCGUACGCUCUCCUUGAUCGUCUGCACCUUCACCUAUUUGCUGAUCGGGGCUGCUGUUUUCGACGCACUCGAAUCCAAUACGGAGAACCAGAGAAAGCUUGUACUGCAAGAAAUUCAAAGCAUAGUUCGCAAGAAAUACAAUAUAACCGACGAAGACUUCCGCAUCAUGGAGACGGUAGUACUGAAAUCGGAGCCGCAUCGAGCGGGUCGGCAGUGGAAGUUCGCCGGAGCUUUCUACUAUGCCACCACGGUACUGACCACCAUAGGGUACGGCCAUUCCACACCUAGCACCAUCGCAGGAAAGCUGUUCACCAUGUGCUACGCCAUGGUGGGCAUUCCGCUUGGACUGGUCAUGUUCCAGAGCAUUGGUGAACGGGUCAAUAGGCUUAGUAGUGUGAUAAUACGGAGUGUUAAGUCUUCCCUACAUUGUCGACAUACAACGGCAUCCGAAUUAGACUUGAUCUGCGUAGUAACCUUCCUGUCUUCCUUGACCAUCGCCGGAGGUGCAGCUGCGUUCUCCAGAUACGAAGGAUGGACCUACUUCGAUUCCGUGUACUACUGUUUCAUUACGCUUACCACUAUUGGAUUCGGAGAUAUGGUGGCGCUUCAAAAAGAUAACGCCCUCUCCCAGAAACCCGAAUAUGUGAUGUUCGCACUUAUCUUCAUUCUAUUUGGCUUGGCGAUCGUGGCAGCGUCCCUGAAUUUGUUGGUAUUGAGAUUUGUCACAAUGAAUACGGAAGACGAAAGAAGAGAUGAGGCUCAAGCGAUGCAGGCAUUAGCCGGUGCUGUGAGAUUGGAAGGUGACGUCAUCACAGCCAAUGGCUCAAUUCUAAGCGGUCAUUUUGGCCAUCAUUGUACAGAAACAACCUCGGUAGAUAUUGAAGAUGCUUCAGUGUGUUCAUGUCAUUGUGGAUGUCUUCCGAAUAAUAGGCAUAGGUUCUCCGUGCGUCGAUCUCCAACCCAAAUCCGCCAUCUGCUUCCAGUGUUGCCGAUGCACGAGCUGUAUCCGCCUCAAGGCCCUCUACCGCCAACUCCAGCAAUUUAUCUGAAUCACCGAGCUUCCGUAUGAUCCAAAAUGACAUUUUGCCGGACAUUUGUUCUGUUUUACCAAGACUGCUUAUAAUAGUGUCGUCAGACUGAUCGCAGUUACUGUGCCAAAGCGUGUGCCAAACUUUGAGACAUUACAAAUAGGGUUUGGGUAAAGACUAGUGCACCAUUACAACCACAAGUCUGCCAUUGCAAUUUGAAACCCAUAAGUGACUUUCAUGAAGAGAUAGAAAAUAAUACAAAUACACUUUCAGCCGUUCGCGUUUAGACGUAGAUGUAUUGAUAUUAAUCACUCGUUAGCUGAGCAUCACAGAUAUAUGCGUACUACUGAAAUGCCUACAAGACACAAGUUUCAUUAAAUUUUAUUCACCAGUCAUAUUUUGGCUCUUCGUCGCCUGUAAGUUGCUUGGCAGUUUCAACUCUCGUUCUCGUUCGAGUUCUACAAAGAACUAACCCGGAGCCGUUCUGAUUCUGCGCAAUACAUACUGGCACCGUUAUUGCAUCACCGGACAGCAAUAACGAAACCAAAGCUCGUCUGUAUUUAAAUGAAUAUUAAAUUGAAAUGCAGGUGAUGGGGCUUCAAGUUCAGGGGUG